AGAAGAGACAGAGAGUACCUUGGCACAUGACAGAAGGAAGGCGAGGACAAAGCAGCAGAAAGGAAGGAAACGAGCCGGAAGACAAUGACGAUUUUCAAAGCAUUGGGCCUGUUGGCGUGCUCAGUCGCUGGCUUAUCCUGCCUGCAGGUGGUUGUGGGAGACUACACGCCCGAGGCGCUGGCUGACAAAGUUGAUUGGUCGACUCUUCCCGGGGCCGAAAACCUCGAGGUCAAGGACGGUUUCAGCAUGUUUUCCGGCUACAUAAAUGUGGACGCGGAGAACGGCCGCAACAUUUUCUACUGGUUUAUGGAGGCCCAGGAGAACGCGGAAGACGCACCCGUGAUCCUUUGGACGAACGGAGGGCCGGGGUGCAGCGGCAUGCUUGGCCUCUUGACUGAACACGGGCCGUUCCAGGUGCGUGACGGGGGCAAGACCCUGGUGGACAACGACUACUCUUGGAACAAGGUCGCCAACAUGCUCUACGUGGAGAUCCCCAGCGGUGUGGGCUUCAGCUACAGCGACACCGUGACCGACUACCAGACCGGGGACGACAAGACCGCCGUGGACAACUACUGGCUCGUGCAGGGUUGGCUAGACCGCUUCCCUCAGUACCGAAGCAACGACUUCCACAUCUCUUCCGAGUCGUACGGCGGUCACUACAUGCCCCAGCUUGCCGAGGAGAUCCUCAAGCGGAACGAGAAGGUCGAGGUGGAUGGGUCAGCCCCGGUCAUCAACUUCUCGGGCUUCCUGGUGGGAAACCCCUACACGGAUGCGCGCUCCAACCAGGUUGCGCAAUACGCCAAGUACUGGGGCGACCAGCUGCUGCCCAAGUUCGUGUACGACGACUGGCGAAAGUUGUGCGUGGAUGAAGACGGAGGCUACGUGUCCGGAGCCAGCAGGAGCGAUGCUUGCGAGGGGUUGGAAGAGACCAUGGACGGAUUCAUUGGCAACGUGAACCCCUAUGCUCUGGACUACCCCAUGUGCACCGGGGAGAGCGGCACUACCGUGGCGCACGCACAGCGCCUGGCCAUGAGAGACCACCACCUUAUCGCCUGGAUGCAGCAGCGGAAGACUGAGGAGGCUGAGGGUCGCGAGGGUUACACUCGCCCCGCAGUUGAAAGGGCCGCACCGUACGAGCCGUGCGCCGAGGACUACACCAUCCCGUACCUCAACCGCCCCGAUGUGCAGCAGGCGUUACGCGUGAGGGAGGGGACGGUGUGGGAGCAGUGCUCGACGCAAGUGCAGUACAAGACGUCCGACAUGCUGCGGCCCAUGAUGCCUUACUACAAGAGGCUGCUGAACGAUUACGAUGUCUCCGUCCUCGUCUUUUCAGGGGAUGACGAUGCGGUGUGCGCGACGGAGGGCACCCAGUGGUGGAUCUACGACCUCGGCUAUGCCGUCGACAAAGACUGCACGUGGAAGACGUGGGAGGAGGGGGGACAGGUGGCCGGCUACCACACGCGCUUCCAAGGCGCCAAGCUUUCUUUCGUCACGGUGCACUACGCGGGCCACGAGGUUCCCGCCUACCAGCCCGCGAGAGCGCUCAUGCUCCUCCGGCGGUAUCUUGACGGGUCGUGGUGGGGGGGAGACGCGGAGGUCGAGGGGGAGGCUACCGGUGUUGCCGCCCACUCGCAAGUGACGUCCGCGUAGUAGGCAUAUGCAGACGAACACAAGUGUGGGCAGUAUUUCCUGUCAACCAUGGCAUGAACGACAUGCUUCAGGAAUCACAAGUUGAGCUGGCCGGAGGUUGAAGUGGCGGAGUAAGGUGGGGGAAGAGGGUGAUUCCCGGAACAAGUUUUUGCCUUGUCGGCCAGUUGAGUUGCGUUCCCCCAUAUCGCUGGUGUCUUCUUCUCCCAGCGGCAUGUAUAUGUUUGUUCAUUGUCAGUCGCUGUGCGUAGCUUAGUUGUCGCAAACAGCUGAACGUAGUUGGUUAUCCCUUAAGCAUGGCGUCAGUGGGCGUGCUUGAUGAGUUCCGUAGAGAUGUCGAGCCACCGUGAGCAUUAUUAGCGUCCUCUGUCGUCAACGACUUGGUGCGCUUGUGCAUGCGGGUAGAUCUGAACCGCUUGUUAUCCGUCCGUGUUCCCGCUGACUCGUGUGUCAGUUCUUCAGGAGUUGCGUUGCCUCUUCAGUUGGUCGCUGCAAGCGGGUUUUGUACAGGGGUUUGGUGCAGAGGCAUUGUGUAGUAAUGUUUUUCCCGGCGUAUCCACGGGGGGUAUCAAUGAGAUUUUACUUAGAUCGUUGUCGGUCGGUGAUCUUUUUCAAAGUGUACAUAAGGCCAUUGCCUUGAUUCGGUUGAUGACUUCGAAAUUUGUGAGCGGAUAUCUAAACUCACGGUUGUUACGACGACUUGUGAUAAAUGUGGUACAAGGGACAUGAAGCCUCGGGCGUAAGUGUCGCGGCCGAAAAUAUGUUUAAGCGAGACAUUCGUGCCACUACUCGUGACAGCUGGGUACACCCCACCUCUUCCCCUCCCCGGCCUGCUCCCCGGCCGGGGCCGAAAUCGACCUUGUGAGUCCCUCGCGGGCGAACCAGGCCACAACAGAUAGUAGGUGGGUGGUGUCCCAAGGUGCAACUCACCGCCGCGCUGGCUCAGUGUGGCGGUGAGGAUGCACAGACGGUGGUAGUGGCGAGAGGUGUAUGUGGACCUUGUCCCCGCGGCAGCAAUGCAAAGCGGCACACUGCACCUGGUAACCACCGUCGCGGAAAACGUGGCCCACGAAGCUGGAGGAGCAGAGAGAUUCGUAAAAACCACGCGAGUAAGCACCGUUCGCGGGAGAAGGGAGAUAACCGCGGGCGACGCGGGGGGGGAGUGCUGCACCCUCCUCGUCCAAACACCACAGGCAAGCACCGAGCCCUGCAAAGAUGGAUCGAUGCGAAGAAACUCGCCGCUCGGAUUAAACGGAAGAAAACACCCCCCCAGCGCGAGGCGGACCGAGAGCGACAGGAGAUCGCAGCGGGCGUGAAGGCGACCGCGAAGAAGAAGGCACGGGAGGGCGAUUUAUCGUUCGGCACGUUCAACGUA